AUCUGUUGAUACUCUGACUAGAACGAUAGAUUGAUUUAUUAUUCUAUAGAUUAAUUUAUCAUAGAUUGAUUGACAGAUCAGAACAGAAUCAGAAAAAUAGGCAACUGAUCUUAUCAAAUAGACCAGGAAAUCGCGGAGCGAUUUUAGUUUUAGUUGUAAAAAUAGAAUACCUUGGUAAUUCCGUGGAUUGGAAUCAGUUUCACACUGUUAUAGUGCCUUAAUUGCGGACUACAUCGUCUCUGCAUCGCAGUUGGUCGAACUAUGAGCAAUUUUUCGAGCUGGGACUUCUAGUUAUAUGCUGAUUACAUGAUAAGCACAGGAGACUCAAAUGUACUGCAAGUUUGCGCUGCUCGAUGGCAGGAAGAGUAUCUUUAUAAAAGAAAGGUAGUACGUAAGAUGCACAUUAGUACAUUUAGGUUUAUUUUAUGACCAAUCUCUUCACUCUUGUAAUGCCAAGCACGCAAAAGCGUGAAAUAUUUAUCCGGAAAAGUAUAAAAAUGCUGUCUUUACGAAGCGCAACUGACAGCUUGGAAACAGGAUAUUAAGAAGAAUGUUGCCAGUAUUUGAAAGAAUUCCACAAAAAAUCUCAUAGCAUUCUCACGCAAAAUCAAGUUUUCGCUGCGAGUUGCGUUUCAUGUAGAUCUCCUUUAAGAUGAUUAUAAAUUUCCUCACACAAAAAGAAUCAAAUUCAAAGAUCAUAUUGAAAGUUUGAUAGAUUCAUCAUGGUUUCAUCCAUGUGGUUUCAUCGAUUUACCGUUCCUAUGCCAUUGGCCCUACUUGUCUCAUCAAAGGAUAGUGAUUCUGAACGAUCAAUUGAUGUUAUGGACAAGAAUAAUAAUGGAUAACUGUUGCUGUUAUGCUCUUCUUCAACCGUUUUACCUUAUGUAGAGACUAUCCUUCUGUACACUGGAUACUUGGUAAAGAACUAAAUGAAAAUAGAUUCUCAUUUUUUCAACAAUUUGUGCAGAAAUGAUUCGCUUGCUUUUUGCAGAUACUGAACAUAAAAACAUACACCCUUACGUAAACCUGAUCGACAAAAAAUACGACCGAUACGUAAGUUGUGUUAAUUUCGCACAGCAGCUCCCAAUAAACUGCAGAAAGCAGUGAAACAAAAAGGGAAAAGUUUGUAUUUUACUCUCUUUGCCGUUUCGUGGAAAGUUCAACAAGUAGAAGAUGUAUGGUAUAAAACGCGUGCGGUGGUCGCAAUCGAUUAGUUACGAUCGGAACGUCGAAACGUCACAAUCACUCAAACAUGAAGAUUUUCAUCCUGGUCGUCCUGGCAAUGUCGGCUGUAGGCGGUGUAGUACACAAUACACCAAGCGAGGAACAGGGAGGAUCGUACGAGGAGAAAUAUUCUCAGCAUCAAUCGUACGAGGCUUACGACUAUGGCCACCAGCAGGAUGAUGGAAACAAUAUCGACUAUCCGGAUCAUGAUGUGCAUCAGAUCAAAAAGGUUCCAGUUCCGUAUGAAGUUCAAGUUCCAAAACACGUCCCUGUCGAGGUGAAGGUCCCAUACCCAGUUGAAGUUGAAAAGAAGGUCCCGAUCGUUGUCGAGAAGAAGGUCCCAGUGUACGUGGAGAAGAAGGUCCCAGUCCACGUUGACCGUCCGUACCCAGUGGAAGUGAAGGUCCCUGUCCAUGUCCCAGUGUACCAGAAGGAAUACGUCGAAAUCCCAAAGCCUUACACGGUGCAUGUAGACAAGCCGUAUCCGGUGUACGUGAAACAACCUAUCUACAUUGAGAAACCGGUACCAUUUACGAUUCUUGUAAAGAAAGAGCAGAAAAAGCCUUUCUCGUGGUUAUUUUAAGAAAAAUAAAUAAUUAACACAAUAAAUAAGACAUACGUUAAACUUUUGAGCUUUUCAUUGUCUGGUUAAAUGCUAGUAUAGAGAAGUAAUGCAUUAGUAUGAGGUUUCAAUAUCGCGGUAUUGUUAUUACCUAAGCUCUAACGACUCACUCAAUUUAGAAACAUUAAAGUUUUGAAGAUAAGCAAAGCGUGUAUGUUAAUAUCCGAAAGAACUAACAGUUACAAGAAAACCAGAACUUCAGUUUUGGGCACCAAAACAAAAGCUACUGAAGAAACAUGCUGAAUCUUUGAUAAAUUAAGCUUUCAUGGAGUGGCCCGGUUUCCAAGACGAUAGCGGUGCCGUUCUUCACGCGACAGGACCGGGGAUCAAAUCUCAUCCAGAUCGGGAAUCGUGCUCAAUUACGGGUAAAAUCAAGUCAUAGAAAGCCGGAAAUACAGACCUAUCGAGACUGUAAUGUCAAAAAAGAAGAAGAAGAUAAGCCUUAUGUAGUGUCGCUCCGGCGACGUUGAUCUUACACAUUACUGAAGUGGUCACAAAUCAGAAUUGAAUCUUUCCUUCGUACGUAGGUUUGGCUACUAUUGCACGCGAUAUAACGAAGACUAGCGAACCCAUAAAAUGAUCAGCAAGAACUUGCCAAUACUUCAGCCAACAAGGGAACAGAAAAGAGAGAGAGAGAGAGAGAGACUGAGAAAGAAAGAAAGAAAGGGAGAGAAAUGACGGGAAGAGUGCUGCAUUUAAAUGUGAUAACUUUGUGAAAAGCGUCAUUAGUAUUUGUAAAUAUGCUGUAUUCUAUAACUAAUAAAAUAAAACUGACUCGAACAGACUUGUUCGAAUAGAAGUUGUCCAUUAACAAAUUAACAUUCAAUAGCUACAAAUUUUUUAACAUGUUUGAUGUAAAAUAACAUCAGUAUGAAAUAACACGACAGAAAAUGUUUUCCAUCCUAUACAAACCGUUAAAUGAAAUGAGGCUCAUAUACUUUAUGUUAUGAUAACGUACGCUUACGCUAUGGAACACGCUCGAUAGAUUUUCUUCAAAGAAGUUGCUCCAUCAAAGGAAAGAGAGAAAAACGAAGAAUAAUUAACGCAUCUUGCAGCGGAUCACUAGCCACUGCGAACUCCAUAUA